AUGCCACGCUCACCCGGGCUUUUCCUGCUGCUGCUGGUGCUGCAGCCGCCGCCAGCCGCGGGCCUCGGGCUCCGCAGCGCAGGCGGACGAAACCCGGAGUGCGGUCCGUGCCGACCAGAGCGCUGUCCCGCGCCCGAGCGCUGCCCGCUGCCUGGCAUCGUGGCGCGCGACGAGUGCGGCUGCUGCGCGCGCUGCCUGGGCGCCGAGGGCGCGAGCUGCGGGGGCCGGGCCGGCGCGCGCUGCGGCCCAGGGCUCGUGUGUGCGAGCCGCGCUGCGGGGGCCGCGCCCGAGGGCACCGGGCUCUGCGUGUGCGCGCAGCGCGGCUCGGUCUGCGGCUCCGACGGCCGGUCGUACCCCAGCGUUUGCGCGCUGCGCCUGCGCGCCCGCCAGGCGCCCCGCGCGCUCCCUGGCCACCUGCACAAGGCGCGCGACGGCCCCUGCGAAUUUGCUCCUGUGGUCAUCACCCCACCCCAGAGUGUUCACAAUGUCACCGGGGCACAGGUGUACCUGUCCUGUGAGGUGAGGGCUGUGCCCACCCCAGUUGUCACGUGGAGGAAGGUCACACGGUCUCCUGCAGGCACCCAGGCAAUGGAGGACCUGCCUGGGGACCACGUCAACAUAGCCGUCCAUGUCCGAGGGGGCCCUUCUGACCACGAGGCCACUGCCUGGGUUUUGAUCGACCCUCUGAGGAAGGAAGACGAGGGGCUGUACCAGUGCCACUCAGCCAACGCGCUCGGGGAGGCCCAGGCUCACGGCACCGUGACCGUGGUCGGUCGGAGUCAGCGCAGAGCAGCCCGCUUCCCCGCUCCAGACGACCGCCUGUGACCGCGCACGUGCGUGCUUCCCGUCGUCUGAGCUUGGUCUUAGAAACUUGAUCACAGGAUGAUGGAAAAGUCAAGUCAUGGAUCAUUUCACUUUGUGAAGAAUUAGAAAAACUGUUUGUAGAUGACCCCUUUUGUAUGUUUUUAAACGUUAGAUGCAAACUAGAUUCGUAUGCAGAUGUAGUUUUUAGCAGGGCAAACAGACUGCAUGUAGCCUUUUUAUACUUUUGAAAUGAACAUCUCUGUGAGAAUUCUUUUCUAGCUUCUCCCUCCAAGGGAAGGCCGCAUGUAAGUCCAUGUAAUUCUACAGGGCUGGACCGAAGUGUGUGUCAGCUGUGACUCUGCCUCGUUUGUCUGUGGUUGAUUAGUGGAGCUCUGUGACAGACAGCGUGUGUUUUAGGAGGAGGGGGAGGGUCUUGCCGUCCUCUGCCUGACCUCUAACUUGCUCUGUGAUCUGGAUAGGUCCCUCCCUCUCUGGGCGUUGGUUUCUUCAGCUGUGAAUGUGCUAUUUGGACUGUAUGUAACCUAUGUCCUUUCAAACACUGCCACCCUGGAGUAGGAAGGUCCUACAGAAAAAAUAUGAGAAGUGUAGUCUUAGUCUUCUUUUACAAACAAUAUUCCCUCAAAGACAAAUGCACUGCUUCACAGGAGGGUGUGGAGAGCUGGCUAUAGCUUAUCUAUUCCUGCUGUUUUCCCAUUUUAAAGAGGUUUAGUCCCAGAUGGAACACUUAACCAGUCUCAGAGCCUGGGUAUAUGGGGACUAAGAUAUCCACUUAUUAACAAGCCCAGCAUUCUCUAACCAAGCAGGCAGUGGGAACCUGGCUUUUGGACAUCAGAUUGUUAAAAAAGGAGUCAACUGCUCUCUCUGGGCUGUAGAAUUAGAGUGUAGUAGAGUAUAUUAGGAUUGGGGGCAGGAGGAGAAGGGGACGACAGAGGAUGAGACAGCUGGAUGGCAUCACCGACUCGAUGGACAUGGGUUUGGGUGGACUCCGGGAGUUGGUGAUGGACAGGGAGGCCUGGAGUGUUGCGAUUCAUGGGGUCACAAAGAGUCGGACACAACUGAGGGACUGAACUGAACUGAGAGUAUAUUUUACUUAGAGAUAUUCUGAAGUCACCCAGAAACAAAACUUGCUUGAAAGAAGCAGAGUAUUUAAUAUCUGGCUAAAGAAAUAGAUCCCCUGGGUGAUGAGUAAAAUUCUUUAAAAUCAAAAUUGGGAUCGCACAUGUGGCUAGUUGUUAAAUUUCAUGAAACACUUCUCUGUCUGUGGUCACUUCCCAUCUCUGGGAUGGCAGGUAGGAUGCUCAUUAAUGUCCCUCCCCCGUUACAGAUGAAGAAACCCAGCUCUGAGAGUACCGUGCUUGCCUGAGGUCUGAAAGCCUCUGAGAGGGACUGGAGCUGAGGGCGCCUGGGCCUCUUUGGCACCCUUUCCACUCCAUGGUGCUACUUCUCAGAACAAUUUGUAACUGUGGGAAGGAAGAUGCCGCCAGUUCCACGGGUUUCAGGGAUUCUCCUCAAGGUCUGUCUCAGCUUUUCAACCAACACUCUCAUGACGCUCACUUUGAGCUUUGCAUUUUGGAGUCUUUUUGAAAUUGCAUUUUCUUCCUUUAAAGCCUAGCUAUUCCACAUCUGAAAUGUUGGGGUGGCAUCACCCUAACGUACACAGCAGGGGACUGUCCUGGGACUCCAGAAACAUGAGGUCCAUUUGGGAAUGCCUCCCUGUC